AUGUACCUCAGUCCCUCUGCUGCAGUGAACAGAAACAUUCCAGACAGUGGCCGCUUCACCGGUGUGAGAACAACUGUGAGCAAGCCCUCAGAUAACCCAGGAGAUGGACAGAAGACUUGGGAGCCGGGACGAAGGGAGGAGGACCAGCUACAGGGCACGCCGGGGGAGGGAAGGGGCGCGCGGGGACCCCGCCCGCCGCGCCUGCACGAGGGGGCUGCGUUCAGCUCCGGGACACCACCCCCACUGCCCCCCGCGCCCGCCUCCUACCUGUCUGAGGAUGAAGCUGGUCGAAGUGGUGCUGCCAUCGGAUCUUUUCAACCUGCUCCUCCGGGUCGUGGUGCCUCGGGCCACCUGCACUCGACACACGGGGUCGGAAAUAAGCGCGUGAGGACGCGGCAGUGGGCAGCCGGGCGACCACCCCAGGCUAGAGUCCGCCUCGGGACCAGCUCCCCGGGGGUUCCCCAGAGCCCGCACCCAAGUCUCCUCCACGCUCCCCACAUACAGCCUCCACCCCACCCACCCACUCAAGCCUCGACGGCUGAAAAGAUGCCCGGGAAGAGCCGCCCGCGAGCACCCACCACAUCCAUUAACAAAGACUCUGAAGGUGCGGGGUCCGAGUCCCCAGCGGCAUGGGCUGGGGAAGGCUGCGGACUCCGGAGCGGGAGCGCAGAGACCGGACGAGGUGAGAAGGAGCAGGAGGAGGAGGAGGAGAAAGAAGAGGGGCGGGAGGAGAGAGGGACGCCGCGCAGGGGUGGGGGAGCGGGGCCGCUGACUCCCAGGACCCGCGGCCCCGCUCGCCCGGCGCAAAGGCGGGGCGGGGAGGGGGAGGAGGGGGCGGUACCUGCGAGGCUGGGGAGUGCGGCCGGUCCGCGCUCCGGUUCUUGGCAAAGGAGGAGGAGGACAUGGUUCACAGCCGCAUGGCCCGCCCGUGCGCGGCGGGCAGAGGACGGCGGGGCCCCCCGGACGCUUGCACGCGGGAGGCGGGGGAGGGCGGCAGGACUUCCCCACCCGCUUCGGGACCCGCGCCGGCUCCUGCGAGCGCAGCGACACCUUAAAGGGAUCCAGGCGCUCACCCCCGCGCCCGCAGCGGACCUCCGGGCAGCGGCCCCCCACGGCGGAGGUCCCGCGGAGGGGGGUUUGUCGGGAUCUCGCCGACCCAAGCCGAUGGAGAGACGCGCUCUCCCACCUAGCGAGCGCCUUACAUCAGAGCUUUCCAGUGGAGGAAGGGAGAGGGGGAACCUGGGAGGGGGGUGGGAGGAUGAAAAUAGUCUGCACAGUUUAAAAUGA